AUGGUUCUUGCUGCAGAUAGUUCUCGUUACCGGGAGGAGAUAAUACAUGAUUUCGUCGCUGGUGCACAGGGUCGUCGUCGCUACUCUGCUAGACUAAAAGUAUAUCGUCGCCUUAUCAGGGCAGAUACCUGCUUGACCACGGCCUUGAUAUUCGCCGUUUAUCCGUUACAGUUUGGCCUGGCUAUACCGGGCUUCUACGAUGAAAAUGAUAACGACGAUACACAUUGCCCACGAAGAUGGCUUAUGAAUAUCACCGUGGCACGUCGAAGACAUGCGGUUAUUCCAGGGGGUCUUCCUAGUUAUAUUGCAUAUUCCCCUUGUAGUGGUCAUUUGUCAAAGUGA